CACGCGGCAGGGGUUGUCGUGUGUGCGCUGUCCGUGGUGCUGAUGCUGCGCGUGCCUCUGAGGCUGCUACCAUAGAGAUCCACCCGAGCAUCCUUCCGCGAGAGCUCCACAACCAGGAACCUGUUUUUCUCCUCCGACGGUGUGGGAAUUCAGGAUGUUUCUAUGAGUCUGUUUUAUUAGUUCUACCUGCAGCGGUUCUUUAAACUAAUCUACUCAGAGACGCCGUUUUUCUUGGUUGUUUUUCUCUUUUUUUUUCCCGAGGCUCUCUCCGCCUGCCCCGCCGUCUCCGCCGCUCCAUUCCCGCAUCCUUUAUGCACAGCACGCUGCUCCGGUCCUCCCCUACGAAACACACCUUCGUGCCCGAGCACCAUGGCCCGCUCCAGCCGCUUUCAUUGAGAGACAUGGAAGCCAAGCAGCACCAGAUAAAGAGCCUGAAAAGCUACCCGGAGACCGGCGGCCGGAGCCUGGCAGCGGCCGCCGGAGGAGACGGAGGAGGAGGCGGCGGAGGGUAUCGAGCCGGCUCCGCUGAAAUGGAGAUGGAGACGAAGAUCCAGAAAGCCAUCGACUUCAAGGCGGAGGGUCACCGAUGCUACAAGGAGAAGAAAUUUCGGGAAGCGAUAGGCAAGUACCACCGGGCGCUGCUGCAGCUCAAGGUGCAUGUUGUCGACGGGACGACGGGCUCCGAGGUCAACCUGCUGAGUCAAGCCGCGGCCAAGCUGACCGAGGAGCAGCGGAGAGCCGUGGAGAGUACCGAGAUCGAGUGCUACGACAGCCUGACAGCGUGUCUGUUGCAGUCUGAGCUGGUAAACUACGAGAGAGUGAAGGAGUACUGUCUGAAGGUGCUGAGCCAUCAGAGAGACCACUUCAAGGCCAUGUACCGGGCCGGCAUCGCCUUCUAUCACCUGGGUGACUACGAAUGUGCCCUACGUUACCUGCGUGACGCCAAGAACCGCGAACCCACAGACACCAACGUGCUGCGAUACAUCCAGCUGACAGAGAUGAAGAUGAGCAAGAGUGGACAGCGGGAACGAGAGAGCGGCAAAGAGACCCAGGGCUAACCUCCGACCUUUUCACCAUCCCGACUCCUCCGACCUUUCACCCCUUCGAGCUGUCCUCCAGUGACCCUCCCUCUCUUCACCUCCUCUAAUCCUCUGUUGACUCCUGACAGCAGCACAGACAGAAGAAACCCAUUCGCCCGCCUGUGAUGGACAAAAACGGGACACAUAUCAAGCGCUGUCUGCAACCCACCCUCCUCUUUUUCCUCCUAUUUGCUCCUCUUUUCCCCUCAUUUCUCCCUCAGGUGCUGUGAUUCCUCUCCCUAGACGCAGUCAGCAAGCAAACAUGAAAAAAACAAAAGAAAAAUCCACAAAAAACAAGGAGGAUGCUGUAUUAUACUCAUAUGAAACCGUCAUUGUGGUGGAAAGAAAAAGGAGCUUCAAAACAUACAUAUGAAUAAUAAUGGACAUUUGCGUGAUUUAGUAAAUGUUUUAAACACAUAAAAUGCAUUUUUGUUUCUGCUCUCUCUUUUUCUCUCUGCCUUCUCUUUCUCUCCGUCUUAUUUCGUACUCUUGAGGAGAAUAUUGGGGAUUGGGAAGCUCGACCACACCGGGAGGAGGGCUGGGGGUGUGUGUUGGCGUGUGCAGUCAGUUUAAAGCUUAAUUAGAGGAUAGCAAGGGUUGUGUGUGUGACACAUAUCAAGACUACAGCCCAAUUUGAUUGUACAUCCAAACCCAUCAGGGCUCACUCAGGCCCCUUUUGCCCAGACUAUGGGACAGACUAGCACCAGAAACCUUUCAGCUAGUAGAGAAAAAAAAAACCUGCCUCUGUGCUUAAUCUACCGCUGUCUCACUUUUCUUUCCUGGAUGCCAUGUAUCUCAGUUUCUAGACUGUUUUUUCAAUUCAAGGGCUAAUUCAAUUGUUUGUAAUCCGUCAUUAGGGUUUUUAAUUUGCUGUCAUACUCAGUAGUAAGAGAUCGGCCGUUAAUCGCAUCUGCGUGUGCAGCAAAGAGACACAAUUCUUUCCAGCGGUUCUUGCUGUAAUCAGGUGUGCUAUCGUGGAAACUGGCAUGUCUCGAAUCCGUUGCCCCUCCUGAGUCGUGUUAAUGUCAUUGAGACUGUCGAGGCCCCUCCCUCCUAUCUACACCUUCUGUCCUCCCAUUAAUGAUGUCACAACGGAAAAUAGCCAACGAGGCCGGACUUCCAUCAACAGCCGUUGGCUCGGUGGAGAUCCGCUCUAAAGUUUCCCGGUGAGAAAAAACACUUUGACGAAUCCAAAGCGGAGGUCCAACCUUUUAUUGCUAAUGCUGAAGUUUCCCAGACGUCGAUACAACACCGAGGAGACUCUGGGCAGCGUUAGUGCAGGGAAAACAAUCACACACAUCUGUCCUGACAGUCCAAAACCGCCAUCUUGGAGCACUCAGCUUUAGUGCACUUCGACAUGAGCGAGCCAUUUGAGAUUUCUCCUGCUUACGGUUUAUUGAUAGAUAAAAACAUCUCUGAAUAUUGUUCCCAGCUGCGUGGACAGAAAACACUCAACAUUAGCAUUAGACGCUACUGACGAUAUGGCUUGUGGAUGUCCAUUACUAGCUGCCAAACGCUGCCGCUGCUUCUCUUGUGACUUGUGAAGCUGAAUCAUUGAUAAUGCAAAUAUUGCUUUUCUAAUAGCUUUACCACGAGCGUAACUUUGCCUUCCCUGUUCUACAGAAGGUUGGAUUGAUAAUUUGUGAAAGCAUGACCUGAAUUUCCCUUGUCUCUGAUGCCAUGAAACCCAGUUUCCUCUUUCUCGUGUGCAAGCCCACCUCCUGCAUGAAAUGUGCGGCUCCAGAGAGUAACUUCAGAUGUUUGGGAUAGGGAUUAUAUCUGCUCUAUUGCUUUCUGUCAUGGCAUGCUGCCACUAAACUGUUUGCUCAUACCUCUGUUUUAUCCAUUCUGCCCUUUAUAAACACAGAAGGUGGCGACAGACUGUGAUCACAGCAGUAGAAUAGGUAUCAAAUAAUUCUUGAAUAAAAAGGGGGUCUUUAAUAAUUCAGAGUCACCUUCUGGCUUGGCCGAGGUGACGGAUUCUUCCACUGCUUAAGAAAUUCAAAAAGAGGUGGAAGAGGAAAUCAAAUCAAAGAAAGAUGCUGGGAAAAGAUUUCCCCCCUCCCUGUUUAUUUCAUUGACCUGCUAUGAGGUAAAUGGGGACCUAAGUGUGUCAAUGGGACUCUGGAGAGACGGCACCAUGCGUUAAAGGGACCAGCAUGAUACAGAGAGGCUCCAGUGGAGGGAGAAGUAGGUCAGCCCCAGGAAAGCAGCUGUGGCAGAUAAGUUUUGAGCUAAUUUAUCAUUAUACACUAAAUUACCAAAAGUAUGUGGACACAGGAGCGCACACCCGUACUUGAAUCUGGUGUUAAUCUGCUGCCAUGAUAGGAUUUCCGCAAGAUUUAGGAACCUUGAUGAUGGAAUUUGAUCAGCAUUCAGGCACAAGAUCAUUAUUAAUGUUCGGCAAUGAGGCGACAUGUCGGAUGUGGUGGAUGUUUCUAUGUAGGCAAGUCAAGCUGUUCCACAUUAAACCAGGAAAAACAUUUCUGUAUGUCGUAUUGCAAGCUGUAGUGUAAGGAUUAUAAAAGGGGGUUUGACCAAAAGUACACAAUAUUACAGUAAGUGGUUUGUAGAGUGCAGGUUAGAAGUACUAAAUACUUUUUUUUUUUUAAAAACAGCCAAUCACACAGCCAGCUUAGUGGCUUUUCAAAAAUAAAAACUCCUCAAUCAAACUAAAAUGACAAUCCAAAAAAUGCUUUUAUUGUGACAGGAGGAAAUAUUUCCAGUUUUCCUUUUUUUCCCGCCAUUAUUCAUAUUUCUGCCAUAAUAACUGAUUUGUCUGUUUAUUAUUAGACAUUGCAGGUCUUCAUGCAAAGGUGUCCACAUACUUUUAGCAAUAUAGUGCAUAGAAUAAUUGGCAUCGCAGUAAUAUCUGUAAUUCUUAUUUGAAGUGUUAAAGUAAAGACCUUUCGGAUCCAAAAUUAAUGAACAUUAACCAGAAGACUGAAUCCAUUAGGGUGAAAACAUCAUCUGCAGAAGCCCUCCUCGCUCUUGACUUGCGUCUAUUUUCUUUCCAUGACUCCUUGUUUCCCUAAAGGAGGUAAAUCAACACAACAACGAGGACAAGCACCUGCAGGCUUGGUCUCCAUGGCUGCCUGGGCUGAAUCUCCUCACCCACGGGCCCCUCGAGGAUAGGUCUCCCUCCCCGAUGGUCCUCUCUCCAUGGCACCAGUCUGCCAUCUUGUUUUUGUCUCGCUGUGCUAAGUCAUUCGAGCUCAACGUGUGCUACGACUGUCUAGGGAUAACUCGCUGCACAUAAAACUGGUUUGUUUCUAGCCGACGAGUCGUCUUGAUUAAUGACUCCAAGGCUGUUGUUGUGAUCCGACAACAUGCUGUGUGUGCGUAUAGAGACAGAGACACUGGAUCUCUGCAUCAGUGUAGCUUUGAAAACAAACUAAAAGCACAAAAAAAAAAUAGAGAUGGAAAAGUUCAAAACUACUGGCUGUGUUAAUUUAUUUUUGCUCUUUUUACUUUGAUGUCAUUUGAGGUAAAUGUUUGUCAAAUGUCAAAGUAGUUUUUGUGAAUAUAUGAUACAAAUGUACAAAAAAAUAACAAAAAUGGAAAGUUUUAUGGUUGUGAAAAGCUUUACUUUAUUGAAUUACUUUAUCAAAGCGAGACAUAGAAAAGAGAAUUUUACUAUCGCGGUUCCACGGAGCUGCUUCGUGACUGUGUCUGUAUUUGUUGGUAUUUCUGUUGAUGCCCUUUUCGUCGAGGGAUCCAGAGAGCGUGCAGUGCCCUUCGACCCCUCCAUCCAACCGACCAUUUGCCUGACCCGUCUGUUUCUGUACAGUAAGACGGCCGGUAAACACAGGAACGGAUGAGAACUCUGAGGAACUCGUACCGGAGCCACAGGCCUCCAUCCUGUUUGUUUCUGUGUGGACAUGAAGGACAUGAAGCUGGGGACGGCAAGGCUAAGACUGCGUUUUUGUCUCGCCUCGGUCCCAGGAGGCCUUUUUUCCAUUCAACAUCCAGACAUCCGACUGGCCUCCAUCACUGGUUUUACUGAACUGCUAGCCCAGGAAUGCACUAUUGAUUGGUAAAUGAAGAUUAUGAAUAAAGUUUCAAACAAAGUGAAA